AUGGUGUACCUCAACUUCAACACCCAAAUUACCGCAAAGUUCGGUGUAGUUAUCGAGAACUGGCCAUUGCCUAAGUUCUGCUGCCCGGGGGAUGUAGGCUCGCAUACCGAACUUGAGGUCUUGUUCGGGUCCUGGGAGUCUGGUCGCAUGCGCUUCCGGUCCAUGCCUGAUGAGGAGUGGAUGCAGUGGUUAGAGCGACGGUCUCAGCAGGUGACAACAGAGGCUGGAAAUGAUCAGGAAGACACUGUGCAGGAUGCCAACACUGUGCAGGAGGCUGACACUGUGCAGACAUCUUCCGAGCUCGCGGUGCAUGCUACACCGGUAGAUUCCCCGUCUAACGUCAUUUUGCCCCCGCCCACUGGUCAGAACAUGGUAGCUGCAUCCUCUGUGACUCUGCCCGCCAAUGACCACAGUCCUGAGACCUAUGCGAACAAGCGUCCCCAGCAGGCCGAUGUCACGGACGGGGCCUCUCAGUGCAAACGAGCAAAGACGGGUGCACCGUUCACAGACUUUGUGAACGUCAUCUCCGCUCCAGAUGGUUCAGGCCUCGUGGUUCCCAAGAAAACUCGGAAGUUGCACAGUGACAAGGGUGUGAAGAGGGGUCCUCGGGUGAAGAAGAAGAUGGCAGGGGUGGUCGAGAAUGUGUCGCCGUCCACGACGGAAGAUACAGUGCCAUCUAUCAUGUGUGGAUAG